CAAAACGAGGCAGCAGACAUAAUUUGAGUUUCUGGGGGCGGGGAGGAGGGAGCGCCCGCGACCACACUGCUCACAAUAAUAAUCGGUUGUAGUCUAUUAGUUAUCUUUCUCCACCGCUCGCUACAGUACCGUAGACUGGAUCUGAAAACCAAUGUAAUCCUGAAUCAUGGCUGCAAAAGAGGAUCUCUACAGCAAAAUCAUCCCGCGAAGACUUCGGCCGAAAGUACCUGGCACUGUGAAAUAUGGAUCGAAUUUGGACGUCCUCUUAUCGAUGGGUUUCCCCAAAACCAGGGCAUUGAAGGCACUAGUAUCAACAGGAGGCAGGAAUGUACAGGCAGCAUGUGACUGGCUGUUCUCUCAUGUGGAUGACCCCUUCCUGGAUGACCCGUUGCCCAGAGAGUACGUCCUGUACCUGCGCCCCAGCGGACCCCUGCAGAAUCAGCUCCAUCACUUCUGGCAGCAGUCCCGAGUCUCCUGCGGAAAGAACAAGGCCCACAACAUCUUCCCCCACAUCACACUCUGCCAGUUCUUCAUGUGUGCAGACAACAAGGUGGAUGCCCUGUUGGAGGCCCUGCAGGCCACGGUGGACCAAUGGAGGGGUCGUUUCCCUAGCCCCCUGCCCCUGGAGCUCUACACCUCCUUCAACUUCAUAGGCCUCUUUGUUGAGGAGCAGAUCGCAGAGGUCCUCAAGCAGUUUGCUGCUGACUUUGCUUCCGAGGCUGCCAGAAAAGCUGAUGUCCAUUUAGAGCCCCAUAAGAAGCAGCUCCAUGUGACGUUAGCCUACCACUUCCCCACCAGUCACCUGACCUCCCUGGAAAAGCUGGCUAAGGGAAUCGAGGUGAAGCUAGGCUGUGAUUGGCUGGCUGUCCUUUUUUCCCGGGACAUACGGUUUGCCAAUCAUGAGACGCUGCGCGUGAUGUAUCCCUACGCCCCUCAGAAUGAGGACGAACUGGAGCUGGUCCCGGGCGACUUUGUCUUCAUGUCUCCCUUGGAGCAGAACAACACUAGCGAGGGCUGGGUCUACGGGUCCUCCCUGGCCACGGGGCUGUCCGGCCUAUUGCCUGAGAACUACGUCAGCCGGGCAGACGAGUGUGACACCUGGGUCUUCCACGGAUCACACUCCUUCUUCAGUUGCUCCGCCCCCUCGGACAAAGUGAGCAGGGAAAGGGGCCUAUUCGAUGGGCUGCUGGACAGCCGUCUCCUCGACAACACAAGCCCUGGGGGCACACCCACCUUGAGCCUCAUCUGUCAUCCCAUGCAGGUGCUUCGGGUCAGCAGCAAUCACUCUCGGCUGCCCAAGCGGACCCUGUUUGUCUGCCGGCACGGUGAGCGGAUGGAUGUGGUGUUUGGGAAACACUGGCUUUCACUGUGCUCUGAUUCCAAAGGUAGAUAUGUGCGCACUAACCUGAACAUGCCAGUCAGCCUGCCCAUGUGGAGUGGAGGACACAGAGAUUACAACAUGGACACCCCCAUCACUGUGUUUGGUUCCACACAAGCACGAAUAGUGGGCGAGGCGUUGUUGGAGAGAAACACAGUGAUAGACUUUGUGUACUGUUCGCCCUCUCUGCGCUGUGUCCAGACUGCUCAGAACAUCCUCAAAGGUCUGCAGCAGGAUGGCAAGCUGAAGAUCAGAGUGGAGCCAGGGCUAUUCGAGUGGACCAAGUGGGUCUCUGGGAGCUCUCUUCCUGCCUGGAUCCCUCCCACAGACCUGGCUACAUCCCACUUCACUGUUGACACAACAUACAGACCUCUCAUACCGAUAACCAAACUUAGCGUGUCGGAGUCCUAUGACACGUACAUGAGCCGGAGCUACCAAGUGACCAAAGACAUUCUGUCUGACUGCAAAAACAUGGGAAACAACAUACUGAUUGUUGCCCACGCUUCCUCUCUGGAGGCCUGCACCCGACAGCUCCAGGGCCGCAGCCCCCAGACCUCCAAGGACUUCAUCCAAGUAGUCAGGAAGAUCCCCUACCUGGGUUUCUGUUCCUGCGAGGAGCAGGGCGACACAGGAGUCUGGCAGCUGGUGGACCCGCCCAUCCUGCCCCUCACACAUGGACCCAACCACAGCUUCAACUGGAAGGAGACCCUCCUUCAGGAAUGACAUCCGCUUCCCUGGAGAGCAGACUUGCUCAGCCCCAUCCCGAGGCUUAAGUUUCUGCUCAAAUAACAGGGAGAGACCCCACCAGAGUCAAUGGGUGGUUGGACCUGGAUGUACUGUACUGUACAUAUUGUCAUUUGACAGUAUUGUUGACAUUUCUAAUUUGACAGUAUUGUUGACAUUUCUAAUUUGACAGUAUUGUUGACAUUUCUAAUUUGACAGUAUUGUUGUUAGUGAGAGCAGAGAGAGAAGAGAGUGAACUUGGAGAGGGCAGGGCUACUGUAAGUCUCAGGGCCUGGUUAAUUGUGGAGGCUAUCAAAUCAAAUCAAAUCAAAUGUAUUUAUAUAGCCCUUCGUACAUCAGCUGAUAUCUCAAAGUGCUGUACAGAAACCCAGCCUAAAACCCCAAACAGCAAGCAAUGCGGGUGUAGAAGCACGGUGGCUAGGAAAAACUCCCUAGAAAGGCCAAAACCUAGGAAGAAACCUAGAGAGGAACCAGGCUAUGUGUGGUGGCCAGUCACUCAGCUGGCUACAGCAAGCACAUGGGCCAUUACAUAUUUUUAUUUAUUUUUUAUUUCACCUUUAUUUAACCAGGUAGGCUAGUUGAGAACAAGUUCUCAUUUGCAACUGCGACCUGGCCAAGAUAAAGCAUAGCAGUGUGAACAGACAACACAGAAUAGUUGUUGACCACUGCACUAGAAAACAUCUUUCAGUCUUCCAGUUGUGAAAUAUCAUAUACAAAAGACCUGUCCCAUGGUAGGGAAAUACAUGUUUUUCUCAGGUGUAGAUUUCAUUGUGACCUUUUACAGUAUGUGCAUUUCAUUGGGCCAUGAAAUUUGUUGAGUGCCUCUUAAGAUUGAACCUGAUUUCUCUUGAUGUCUCAGUGAUGUCAGAGAGAUGUUCUCUGCUCAUUGAGUCAGCUUUUGUUUAGCCUCAUCUAAAUCUAUCUGAUCUAAUCUUUCUGCAAAUAUGGAUUAUUAAGGAGGCUCUUAAACAAUGCUCUGAUGCUGUUCUUCCAUUGAUACAUGCAAGUACGAUACUUACAAGUACAAUUACAAAUUUGUGAUAAAGGUGUCAGUGAGGAACAAAGCAAGCCUACAUGCACUAAACACUGAGGAGGAAGCCAUCUCUGUCAAUUUGUGUUAAUUUAUUUUCUCCAAUAUUAUAUUUCCAAAUGUAUAUACACUUUAAUUUAAGAAAUAUACUUUUCACCAAAAUGCUUUGGUUUAGAGGACUAGUGGGCUAAGAUGUGCAAAAGAUUGAAAUGAAAACAAACUGAUUGAAGGAGGAGAUGAUACAGUAUUCCCUGUAUAUUCAGAUAUGAGCAUCUCUGAGGUGGGUUCUUUAAUUUGUUUCAAAUUUUGUUCCCCCCCCCCCAUAUGAUACUGACAGUAUCACUUUUUCAGAUAUGUAGAAGUUACAUAUCAAAUAAAAAAAUCUGGUUAUUUUGUUUUGUUUGGUUAUCUUUUUUGGGGGGGUGGACAAUUCCUUCAACAGUUUGUUCAAUACGUAGUAUUAUGGUUUAGCCACUAGGUGUAGGUGUAAGACCUUUGGAGUUGACUACAUACAGUAUCUAUCUUAGCAGAGGCGUCAUGCCCAUAUGGGGUACAAGGGCACGUGCCCCCUCAGGUUUGUCUUUUUUUGUUUCAGAUGUUAAAUUAAUUACUACAUUUAAUUUUUAAGUCCACGUUUUAACAUAAUUAUUUAUAAAAAUGAUCUGUCAGCUGUAUUUUGUGGAGGGGGUACACUUACUGGACUAGGCAAAGAGUACCCCCCACCCCCACAUAUAAUUGAACAGGUAAAGAGGGAUGCUUAGAUAACCUAUGCAGGAAAAUAGACAUAUUUUUACAUAGAAUUAGGCAUAAUGAUUAUGGAUCUACAUUGCAGGAAAAAUAUGUUUCAGGUGUUUGCAAAAUUCUCCAUUAUUACAUACUUUGUGCCCCUUUUAAAAUAAUAGGUGCAUGACAUCCCUGCCUGAAGUGAUUUAAAAACAAAGUAAUCCUUAGAAGGGAUGCUGGAAGUAGACAUAAAUAACAAACUGAAAGGAAUAAGAUACUGUGAUAUUGUGUAAAAUAAAUAAAAAAAUCUAAUAUUUUGAGC